AUGUCUGAUGUACCCUACGUGGAACUUCCUAAUGGAGUGAGGCAGCCGCAGAUCGGCCUGGGAACUUUUAAGGUGAGUAGAGAGCGGAGGAAUUCUGGCUUUUGAAAACAAAUACUGAUAUUUUUUGGACAAAGUUGGAAAAAAAUCCAAUUUUUUGCUCAUAAAAAGUUUCAUGUCUAUGGAACUUUUAAUGAAUGUAAUUUUUACACAAAAAAUCAUUUUUACUGUGUGAAACAGGCAAAUAUACGGUUGAAAGGUUUUUUUCAAAAAUUAAAAGUUAAGUCUUGCUGCAAGUUACUGAUGCACCAUCCUUCCAGAACACCAACAAAUCAACCCUGAAAAAUGCCGUGUUCACAGCUCUGGACGCGGGCUAUCGCCUCAUUGAUACCGCAACCAUGUACGAAAACGAAGAGCAACUUGGCGAGGUUCUGGCGGAUUACUUUGAAACGAAAAAGUUGAAGCGAAGUCAAGUCUUUCUGGUCUCGAAGCUUCUGUACUACCAUAUGACCCCCGAAUGGGCUGAGAAGAUGAUCAAGGAGACAUUGAAAAAGCUGAAAACCGCUUAUUUGGAUUUGUAUUCGAUUCAUCUGCCGUUUAGCCUGAAGGCAGGUAUUGGUAUUUUCAUAAAGUGCAUGGCAUUUUUUCGCUUUCGCACAGUGCAUUUUGAACUUUUCCGAAGCAUGUCGUUGACGCAAAAGUGCAGUAUAGGGCUUCUUCGUGCACAGUGCGCGCGUUGACUAACGCAAUUGGCGCAGCGACAUUGUGUUUAUUAUUUUCCCGACAGACUGAAUUAAUAAGCAUUUUUUUCACAAAAGACAAAAAACUAUUGCAGUGCGACAAAAGUGGUCAUCUUCUUCUCGACAAUAAAAAACCAGUCAUCGAUAACACCCCGAUCCUUGAGACCUGGCGCGUUCUCGAAAAGUUCUACAGAACCGGAGUGUUCAGGGCAAUUGGCGUCGCCAACUUCAACAAAUCCCAACUGGAACACCUCAUAUCGGAAGCAGCCGUCAAGCCGCACAACCUCCAAGUGGAAUCUCAUAUUUUCUGGCCGAACCGAGAGAUCAUCGAAUACGCCAAGCAUGAAGGGCUUACUGUAACGACCUACGGUAAUCUGGGAUCGCAGGUGCGGUCGGAUAUAAAGCUGUUGGAGGUGGAUAUUGUGAAGAGGUUGGCCGAGAAGUACGGCAAGACACCGGCCCAAAUACUGUUGAGGCACCAACUGCACCUGGGUUACUGUAUUAUUCCCAAAAGUCAAAAUCCAACCAGAAUCAAGGGGAAUUUCAAUAUCUUGGACUUUGAAAUCAGCCCGAGUGAUUUGAAAAAGCUGGAGAAGAGAAAGGAACGAAUCAAGUUCUAUCGGUUUGAAGAGUAAGGAAAAAAUGUGUUUGCAAAACCUCAUUUCCUAGCACUUUUUAUGAACUACAAUGACUGAUUUAAAAUUUCAGCGGAAUCGGGCAUCCAGAAUAUCCAUGGCCAUUGAUCCGAUUGUAA